AUGUCCCCCGGCUACUACGGACAGUACAUCGAGGCCGCCGAGCGAGGCGGUAUGCCCGCCGUGGCCGCUACCGAGUUUUUCGAGCAGCGCAUCCGGGACAACGCUGACAACCGGGAACGGAUCCUUUCCAUGGACCCCGAGGAGUUCUGUUCUGUCAUGCGCCGCUGGCGGGACCGGUUCUCCCAACCCAACCCGGUGGGAGACCUAACUGAGGAGCAGCUGGAGUCCAUCACAUGCCCUGUGCUGGCCUUCGAGGGCAACACGCCGGACGACGUUCACCACAAGUCUGCCGCAGAGAACGUGAAGCGGCUGGUACCCAACGCCGAGCUGCGCCCGUCGGCGUGGACCCACGAGGAGUGGGCGGUCAUUGGUCAGCACGACAACACCUUCCCAGGCAUCGCCGCCACCAACCGCUACCACAUGAAGUCCACUUUCUACGCCGCACAACUGCUGGAGUUCAUCGCCAGGGUCGAGGCCCAACAGCCUUCAGCCGUGGCCUGA